AUGGUUCACGACCCUUCACCCGCCAAAGUGAUCCUAGCUGCAGUUGAGCUUGCAGCUCGAGCGGAGAUUGACGACCUUCUCGGGUUGACCACACGACAUCAAACGAUCUUAAAAAAAGAACUCCUGCUCCGGAUACUUUUAACGUUCUUGCCGGAAACAACGAGUCCCGUAUUAUAUGUCGCCUUGCUUCAAAAAGUUGUGGAGGGUGAUCUAGGAUGCGACGAUACAACAGUGCCGCAUUGGUUGCCACCUUCCAUUGAGACACUCAGUGAAGACCAGGCGAGGAAGAAGGUCUGCAAGCUGAACCUCGCGCCGCUUCCCCUGUCGAACGAUCUAAGUGCGGAUCCCUUCACGGAGUUCUUGUUGAGAAGAGCCCGUGCACUUGAUGAAGAGGCUGGAAUGCUUUCUCAGAUUCCCGAUUUGCUGCAACCGUUUGUUGGCCACAGCGAGGUCAUACACUCUUGGCUCACAACAACAAUCAUCCCCCUUGUACGGCGCAGCACCGAAUACUACAUAACAUCGGAUCAUUGUACGUUGGCUAGCUUCGAAAAGCUACCAGACCGGACGGCUGUCGAGUACCUGCUGUCAGAAACGCCUCUUUCCAUCGAAACUCACGGCAAUGUCGGAAAAGAUUUGCGAGGCCUGCUGUCUCCAUGGUUGUAUGAUUCAAGGAGAUGGCACUCGUCGCAGGCAAACCCCUCCAGCCACUCGCCACUGCAGUGCCUAGGGUGGGAGUCUGCGCGCGAGUGGCUGAUUCAACAAGUUGAACAAGACUGGAGAUUUGGCGUUGCGGCCGCCGAUCAGUGGAAUGGGCCACGAGAUGUAGACUUCGGAGAUUUUCAAGACCCGCCCACAAGCCAGGAACAGCUUUGCUAUUUUGAUGCAACGUACUGCCGUACCCUUAUAGCGGCCGCAUAUCGGAUUUCUGAUCCUGACAUCCAAGCCUUGGAUGGCGCGCACCAGAUCGCUGCUCGUGUGGCUGUUUUAUUGGGACUGGGAUCGUUAUCUGAGACGCGAGGCUCACGAAACGAACACUGGCCUGAGCUCUCGCCAAUCGGUAUGAAGCAUGUACCUGAGACCAACAUUACCCGAAUGCAUUUCAGAAGCAGUCUACUAGACUCAGAGAACCCUUUGACCGAGCCGACCGAGGAUUCACUCCAGCUACUCCAGGCACUCGUACUCAGUGCCCGCCACCUCUCACGGCUGGGCAUGCCGUAUACCUUGCGCCGUGCCGGCGAGUUGUGGCUCUCGAGAGACAAACGAGAGCAGAAGAUUGAAUUAAUGAAACUUAUCAGACUCGCAGCACACCAUGCACCUAGGGAUGACGAUAUAUUUUGGGGCCAACUUCGGAGCGACGUACUCUGGCUGCACAGUUGGACCCCCAGCCCUGCUACGGGACAUGCUACAGGAGAUGCUGCGGGUGUCUUUGGCACGAUACCUUUGGCAGACAUCGAGGUUGAACUUUUGAAAGUCAUACUGGCGCACUCACGCUAUGCACUGGCACGGUCGAUCUAUCAAGACAUUGAAGAGCCACCUCUCCCAGUCGAGAGCGUUCGGCAAGCUGUAUUUGACGCUGCACUGGACGCUUUCGACAACGCGUCGAAUCCCAACAGGACAAGAGGUGGCCUGCGCAAAUGCAAUGACAUAUUGCAGGCGUUGCCUAAAUCGGCCCCGAAGUCUUUGGAUACGUCACGACAAAUCGAAGCGUUGCUUGGUGCAGCUCAUUCGCUCAGUAACUACAGACUCGUCCUCAAGCAAGGCGAGCCGUUCAGUCCUAUCAUGCUCCGAGUACAUUCGGAUCCCAUAUCAAUCUUAGAAAAGGUACUGGAGCAGAACCCCAAAGCCUACACUCGACUUCAGGAAUUCAUCGAUGUAGGAGAGAAUAUGGUAACUGCUGGAUUCUUAUCGAAUAGGUGGUCCCAUAGGCCACCCAGCACGCCUGAUAAGCAGGAUCAUGCACUAUGGGACUCUAACAAGCGCGUUGUGGCGAUGUGUGUUGCUGCCGCUUUGCGAGAGGACGACUUUGAGACAGCCUACUCGUACAUUGCCAGCCGUGUUGUUGGGUCGGAUGGCGGAGAUGAUCGGUGGUCCUGGAAAGCAGCGCUGCAGACUGGUGAAUACGUUCGGACCCCCAAGACUCAGCUGCCGACGCAUUUGGGCACCUCGAGUGCAAACCCGGAGGUUCGCCACCUAGAGCAGCGUCUGGAGUGUUUGGCUACCGCGUUGCGCGUUGCUCCAGCGUCAGAGCUGCAGGCUAUUCUGCAAAGCUUCCUUGGUUGUGAGCAACGACUCGAUGACGCAAUCGCGGAAGAAGCUGCCAAGGAGGCUGCUUGGGAUGCAGCAGGUGAUCUGGGCGCAUUGCCUGGUUCCUUUGACGCCCCACCGCCAAAUGCCAAUUAUCCGUCGAGAAAUGCCUCCAUUACAACAGCGGGACGACAAGCAGAAGAGGCUCCGUUGUCGAUUUUCGAUUUGUCACGGGCAACUGCUAGGGCAGCUCGACGGAAUCUCACCACACUAUCAAGUCUGCAAGGGAUGGCAACUGGUGGUUCACAAGGUGACACUGCUAGUGUCGCUGAGGAUCACCACAGGGCAAGGCGGCGUGAUCAAUUGCGGGAAGCAGCUACAGGCACACUUGUAUCAGGCGUCGGCUGGUUGAUUGGAGCCAACGUGAAUCACUCCGAUUAA